GGUGGGGCUAAAUGGUCUUAUAUUCCCAAUCAUGUCGCGUAGGCGGAGUCUGGCUCUCGUGCUCUUUGCCGUGUUGCCGCUGCCUGCCUGCUUGCCCAGCCUGUACUGUACAUGACAAAAGCAAGGGGAUGGAGUGAGUGAGAUAAAUCCACACUUCUUAUUUCUCACACACACUUUUUUUUUGUAGGAAGAGGGGGUUUUGGAUCACUGCGCCACAUUACAAGAACACGGCUCCUAGUUCAUGUUAGUAAUAGAAGGACCCAGCAGCCUAUCUCUUUUUACGCACAGCCUACUCCUGUGAAGGCAGCAGCAGCAGUUCAGAUCAGAUUUCACAUUCAGCUCCGACCAGCUGAGAGCGAGAGACAGCCAGAGAGAGCAGGAGGGCUCUUAUCUCCGCUUUCCACCACCGAUCCCCCUCUUCUGUUCGCCUGAAAAAGAACCCUGCGAGGAAAAAACACGGGUGCGCGGCGCAAACAUUAAAGCGCCACUGGGAUUUUUUCCCUUCCUUUUUUUCUUUUUAUGUAUUUUUGCAGGAUUUAAGCAGCGAGCGCGCCACAGAGAAAGCGAUAGAGAGCAGCAGAGAUGGACGAGCAGCCGAGGUUGAUGCACUCUCACACGGGGGUAGGCAUGGCAGGGCACCCCGGCCUGCCGCAGCACAUGCAGGAAGGCAACGGAGGAACGGACGGCGACGGCAGAAAACAGGACAUUGGAGACAUUUUACAGCAAAUUAUGACCAUCACGGAUCAAAGUCUGGACGAAGCGCAAGCCAGGAAACACGCUCUGAACUGUCACAGAAUGAAGCCAGCUCUGUUCAAUGUCUUGUGUGAAAUCAAAGAAAAAACAGUGCUGAGUAUCCGCGGCGCCCAGGAGGAGGAGCCCCCGGAUCCACAGCUCAUGCGCCUGGAUAACAUGCUGCUGGCGGAGGGAGUAUCCGGUCCGGAGAAAGGUGGAGGCUCGGCGGCUGCGGCGGCUGCAGCGGCGGCCUCGGGAGGCGCAGGGCCGGACAACUCGGCAGAGCACUCUGACUACAGAGCCAAACUGACCCAGAUCAGACAGAUCUACCACACAGAGCUGGAGAAGUACGAACAGGCGUGCAACGAGUUUACCACCCACGUGAUGAACCUUCUGCGAGAGCAGUCACGCACACGGCCAAUUUCGCCCAAAGAGAUCGAGCGCAUGGUGAACAUCAUCCACCGCAAGUUCAGCUCCAUCCAGAUGCAGCUCAAGCAGAGCACCUGCGAGGCCGUCAUGAUCCUGCGCUCCCGUUUCCUCGAUGCCAGACGGAAAAGACGAAACUUCAACAAGCAGGCAACAGAAAUCCUGAACGAGUAUUUCUACUCGCACCUCAGUAACCCGUACCCCAGCGAGGAGGCUAAAGAAGAGCUGGCUAAAAAGUGUGCCAUCACAGUUGCCCAGGUUUCCAACUGGUUUGGGAAUAAGAGAAUCAGAUACAAGAAAAACAUUGGUAAGUUCCAAGAAGAAGCCAACAUGUACGCUGCGAGAACUGCCGUGAAUGCGGCUAAUGCAUCCUCACAUGGGAGCCAAGCAAAUUCACCCUCAACUCCAAACUCUGCAGGUUCUGCUGGCUCUUUUAACAUGUCAAACUCCGGGGACUUGUUCAUGAGCGUGCAGUCUCUCAAUGGGGACUCGUACCAGGGGGCUCAGGUGGGAGCCAACGUGCAGUCACAGGUGGAUACCCUUCGCCAUGUUAUCAGUCAGACAGGCGGAUACAGUGAAGGACUCACAGCCAACCAGAUGUACAGUCCGCAGGGCAUCAAUGCAAACGGUGGCUGGCAGGAUGCUCCGACCCCCUCAUCAGUGACUUCACCCACAGAAGGACCCGGAAGCGUUCACUCUGACACCUCCAACUGAUCCUCCACCCCCCCAACAAC